AUGCACAUCGGACCAGCUGCGGCUUAUGCCGCUUUCGCAGGAUGGAUAGGGGUUGGCCUGGCACACAACAUUCAACUGAAAGCGCACACCAGAGAAUGCUUCCAUGAGGAACUACACAAGGACGAUAAAAUGACCGUGACAUUCCAAGUGGGCGACCGGGAAUGGGGAGGAUCCGGGAACUUGGACAUUGAUUUCUACAUUAUUGACCCUUCCGGCUCCUAUGAAACGCAACUCCACACUGUAUCCUCCGGCGACUACUCCUUCGAAGCCCGUAUGGAUGGAAAGUACACGUACUGUUUCAGCAAUGAAGUCUGGUCUGCCAACAGCAAGGAAGUGUCGUUCAAUGUCCACGGCAUUGUCUAUGUGCCUGAGUCGGAGGCACCACAAGAUCCCCUCGAGGCUGAAGUCCGCCAACUCUCCGACCUCCUUGCCCAAGUGAAAGACGAACAAGCGUACAUCGUUGUCCGCGAACGAACGCACCGAAACACGGCAGAAAGUACCAACUCACGCGUCAAAUGGUGGUCGAUAUUCCAACUUGGCGUCUUGAUAGGAGAAGGCAUAUUUCAAGUCUGGUGGCUCAAGCGUUUCUUCGAGGUGAAUAGUCGCCCUCUUCCAUAA